CGUGAGUUUCCUUGGUUACGGUUUAUGUCAACUGAUACACUCCCGAAAAAGAGGAAUACGAAGACGGAAAAUGGGGGGAGCACUCGUGUAAUGUUUACGUAACUCCCGUGUGCCUUACGGGUUAUGACGUCACUAGUAAAUGCCAACAGGUGAUGAUUGUUUUGCUUUGAACGUCACAAGUCGCUGCUUUCUACACAGCUUGUCAAUGGCAUACCUUCAAACAGGCAUAUAUGUGGAUACAAAAGUGAGUUGAUCAACUCAUCCUGUAAAUAAAUGACCUGGAUGCCUGAGAACAAUGAAUGCAGCAAGUCCGCAGGCGUUUAUCACAAGCUUCAGAGCAGAAGAUGUGGAAAAGCUGUCUUCCCGAUUGAAACACGGCCUGGGCAGGUCCAAGUAUAAACCGACAGAAUAUGAAAGAGUGCAAGCCAUUGUCGAUGCCAAACGACUGGAGAGUGCAUUGAUAGCAAAAAAGGUGAAGAGGACCCGGUGUGUGGCCAAGGAAAUUAAGGAGUGUGACAUAUUACGCCAACACAGGCAGGUGUGGAGCAAAGAGUGCCCCAGGCUGCAAAAAGCCGAGGUGAAGACUGAGAAUGAGUUGCACGAUUUUGUUGAAAAUGUCAGGCCAUUUGGCAUAGAAGACACUGCCAUCUUUUCACUUAAAGAUUACGAGGUGUUCCUGGAGAGGGAUCGGAAAGCAUUUGUAAUGGGCACCGUGGAGCCACUUUAUCAGCUGAAGGGUGACCUGUGCUUCAGGCUGGAUCAAGAACAAGACCAAGAACGGAAGCUUAACCCCACUCCGUCAAAUUUGGAACAAGUGCAACAUCAGGUCAAUUUUGUGAAAGACCAGCAAGAUAUUAUAACUGCGAAACUUCAAGAGGAGUACUGUGACUUAGAAGAGGAAAUCACAGGCCUUGGUUUGGAGAAAUUUAUGCCAAAUUUCGAUAAUUUGGUCAAUAAAGACAACAUCCCGACUGAAGUUUUGGAAUCAGACUGUCCUUAUCCUGAGCUAAAGGAGUCUUUGAUCCAGGCCUUCCAUUCAUUGUCAGAAAUAUACCACAGUCGGCUAAAUAGUCUUCAGGAACACCUGAAAAAAACGGACAGAUUUUGUGGUUGGUGUCCGGAUGACCACCUUCGCUUCCAUUUCACCUUAUCUCAGUACACUCAAGAAAUCCCCAACAACCGGGCACUCUGCAUUCAUAUGCUUCAAAAACUCUUCCCGGAGAAAACAAAACAUGACCUGAUGGAACAUGAGCGUCUGGGGGCCAGGCAACGCUUCACCCAGACGCACAUAAAGGUCCUGACCCAGCAGUGGCAGCAGGACCAGGAAGAGCUACUGGCGAAAGCACUCGCCACCCUGCAGGAAGCAAGGGAUGCCUACCAGGAGGAGCUGGAGCUCCAGAGAGACCGUCAACACCAGCAGGACAUCUGCAUUCGCCUCAGAGAAAAGCUGCAGCAGUGGCGGGCCCAUCAGGAAGAGGUCGCCCAGCUGCAGGGAUCCAUCGCUGCCCGACAACAAGAGGAAGCUGAAGCUAUAUUAAAGAGAGAGCAGGAGAAGGAAGCCGCCCUCAGGGCACAUCAGAAAGAAAAGCUCCGGAAAUUUAAUUUGGAGCAGCAGAAGCGGAGGGAGGAGCUGGAGCAGAGGGAUCAGGACAGGCUGGCGAAAUUGAGGGGCGCCAUGGAGGAGCAGGCCAGGCAAGAUAGAGAUAGGGUACUGUUUCGGGCCGAGGUGUUGGCGCAACGCAAGGAGGAGAAGGAGGCCAGUGAGCUGGAGCGGUACAGGGAGGAAGUGGAGAAGCAGAAUCGACUGGAAGCACUCCGGAACCAGGUGGCUGUGGUGGCGCAGUCUGACAUGGAGAGGAUGAUGGGAGACACUCAGUCUUGGAGGAAUCGAUAUUUAAACAUGAAAGAAGUUGACAUCCAGAAACCUCUCUUUGGACUCAACACGUACACAGAUGCACAGAUUGUUGCUGAUCCCAGAUUUCGGGUGGAGCAGGCCUUGAGGAACGCCGGUCUGCACCAUACGGACUACGCCCAAGAGGUCCUGGCGCUUAUCAAGCCCCCAAAACCGCCAAGACGAGACACCAAAUCAGAACUGCAAUUUUAAGCCAGCCGUGGGUAAAGACGUAAUUAUUCAUCACCGUUGAUGAAUUUACUAUCCCUGUUUCGCAGUAUUAAAUCAAUGUGUGAUAUUGAUGUUCACAGCUGUGCACCUUGCAGCGCCAUGUGGCACCGCUAUUACAGUUCUAACCAGGAGUAAAGUGAAGGUUAUUUGUUAAAUGGGCUCAAAUGAAUGCUGGAAAUGACAAAAUUGGCUAAAUAAACGUUGAACUAUC